GCAACGACAAAGUGUAUGACCAUUUGAACAUAUUUACCUAGGCGUGCAUCGCACUCAUCAUGGCUCAGUCAGGCAGUCUCAUUGCGUUUGAUCUUUACGGCACUCUGCUAUCAACGGAGUCGAUCUCCAAGCGAUUAUCCGAGAUUCUCGGAUCGCAGGAAACAGGCACGCAGGUUGCGGCAUCAUGGCGAAAGUAUCAGUUGGAAUAUUCAUGGAGAUUGACGUGUAUGGAAUCCUACGAUGACUUCUACAACAUCACCCGCAAUGCAUUGAGACAUGCACUCUCCGAGGCUGCAGUUCGACUAGAAGAAGAUCAGAUCGACCAACUGAUGGAUGAAUACGACCACCUAUCUACGUUUCCAGACGUAACACCGGCUCUACAGAACCUAACAAAAAGACCAGACAUCAAAACCGUCAUUUUCUCCAAUGGAACUAAACAGAUGGUCUCAAACUCCGUGUUUCGCUCCCAAGAUCUUUCGCCUCAUGCAUCUCUAUUCACGGAUCUAGUCACGGUAGAGGACGUCAAAGCGUACAAGCCCGCACCUGCUGUCUAUGAGCAUCUGGCGGUAAGUACAGGUACGCAAAUGGGGGAUAUAUGGCUCAUUUCGGCGAAUCCAUUUGACAUUGUCGGCGCUGGGGAUUACGGCUUGAAAACUGCAUGGAUCGAUCGCAACGGUAGGGGGUGGGAAGAUGCUGCGGUACCAAGGUUGCGACCACGGAUUAUUGGCAAGAGUCUGGAUGAGGUUAUCAAAGCAAUCUUGGACGAUCUUAGCAAGUAGAUUGGUACAAAUGCUUUUCCAGUAGGAAAUCAAAAGCCAGGUUUAGCGAUCAGUCGUUAUGUCGCGCUGUAUGUAUUUCCAAAAUCCUCCAUGCGAAAAGGGAAGUCUCGGGGUAAGUAGCAGCGCUCUGAAUUCGUUCUGCCCUUCCAUUUCCCCUCUAGAAAUAUUCCAUGAGAGUAAAUGUGGAAUCUAGAGUGAAUAGGAAGGGGUGAUGUUUUAUGAAUGAUU